AUGGACUCCGAGUUCUGGGGGUGCGUCAUCCCCGCGGGACGCGCGGUGCGCGUCGAAGUCGCGACGGACGAGGAGUACGUGCACGUCUCGCAGGCGGCGCUCGGCGCGGACGCGCGCGCGGGACGCACGACGGUGACGCUCGCGGUGGCGGACGACGCCGAGGCGAGCGGCGCGAGGGACGGGGCGCGACACGCGCUGUGCGCGCUGACGCGCGACGCGUGCGAUCAGGUCGGGAUGGACGUGGCGAUGGACGCGAGCUUCGUGCUGCGAGCGACGGGACCGAACGACGUGCACGUGACGGGAUGGCGGACGGCGAACGAUGGGAUCGACGAGGAGGAGGAGGCGAGGACGCUGGAGGCGAUGGCGAGGGAGACGUCGAGCGAGGAGAGCGAACGGGAGAGCGAGGAUUCGUCGGACGACGAGGACGCGGCGGAGGACGGGGACGAGGAGGCGACGGACGACGAGAAGAUGGACGCGGACUCGAGCGACGAGGAGGAGGAGGAGGAGGAGGAGGAGGAGGACGACGACGACGACUUUGAGACGCCGUACGACGUCGAUAAUUUGCCGAGCGACGGCGAUUUAUUCAGCGACAGCGAAUGUGACGACGAUAAGGCUUUCGCGAAAGCUAUGGGUGUCGAUAGCGAGGACGAUCUCGAGAGCGAUGAAGAGGAGGAAUCCGAUUCCGAUUCCGAACCUGCCGUUCCGGAGCGAGACGCCGUGGUCAAGGUCGUGGGCGGGGAUUCAGACAGCGAGGACUCGGACGAAGAGGAGUCCGACAGCGAAGAAUCCGACAAACCGGUCAAGACGCUCGAUCGAUCGCCCGCGCUCAGGGACAAGCGCCAGAAACCCGACGAGUCCGAGUCGGAGUCCGAGUCGGAGUCCGAGUCGGAGUCCGACAAACCGAAAAAGAAUGCGGAAGCGAGCGAUUCCGACGAGUCCGAGUCAGAAUCCGACAGCGACGAGUCGGAUGGCGACGACGAGGACGAAAAAUCCGCGUCCGAGCGCUCGGAUGACAGCGAAAGUUCUUCCGACGUCGACGAUUCUUCAGAAAGCGACGGUGACGACGCGGCAGAGGCAAAUGACGAUAGCGAUUCCGAUGACGCUGACAGCGACAGCGACGACGAAUCGUCCGAUUCGGACGUUUCUGAAGACAUCAACGUCAUCAAAUCUGCAACCAAGCGGUUGGCCGAGACCUCGACGCCGAGCGGGUCGGCGAAAAAGCAAAAGAAGGAAAGCACGCCUGCGUCCGCAAAGGCACCGACGACGCCCAAGACGCCGACGACCGAUACGAAGAUGAACAGCGACGAGUACGCUAAUCUUAUUGUCGACUAUCUCAAGGCGAACCCCGAGACGAUGAUGUCCGCUCUCGGUGGACGCGUCAAGAAGCCGAAGAACUUUCCGCUCAAGCUCGGAGAGUUCAUCAAAAGCAGAAAGGAUUUAUUCACGAUCGACGGCGCGUACGUUCGUCUCGUUAAAAAGUAA